AUGGGCCUCUUCGGGAAGAAGGGCAAUAAUGGCGCCCGCGUGGCGGAAGGAGGCGGCGGAGCGCUGGCAGCGGCUUCUCCAUCUGCUGCUGCUGCUGCGACGCCGACAAAGGGCAAAGGUGGGGACUUGGAGCUGUUCGGAGCGGACAACGAAGAGAGCGACGACGAGGCGACCAUCGACCGCUACGCCAAAGAAGGCGACGAGAGCAUGGACGAGCAGGAGGCCGCGGAGGCCGAGAAGAGGAAGGUCGCGGUGCUCAACUCGAAGCUGUCGCCGGAGGAGCUGUUCAAGAAGUACGAUACGGACGGAUCGGGUAAUAUUUCAGCGUCAGAGUUUCUGGCAAUGCUGCCAGAUCUGGGGAUCUCCAUAUCUGCUGCAAAGGCCAUGCGAAUUUUUCGCCGAUGUGAUACAGACGGCGGCGGUGAGAUUGACCUUACCGAGUUCAAAAUGGCCAUGUUCGCGGUGGAUCCUGUGUCUGGCAAUCCUCUCGGAUUUUCGCCGUCCACUUUGCUGGGCCCACGGGAUGCCUUCGAGUUGUUUGAUGAAGAUGGAACGGGGCAGAUUGAUGAACUAGAAUUUGCGGAUGUGUUGGAGUAUUUUGGUAUGGAUGUGAGCGACGAGAAACAAGAGAAGAUUUUCAGGAAGUAUGACAAGGACAAGAGUGGGUACAUUGACUAUCAGGAAUUUCGCUCGAUGUGGGUCCGCCUAGUCGAUGUUCGGGACGAGCUUACGAAGCGAGGCGUGGAAGUCCCCAAGCACACAAGACAGUGGAAACUGCAGCAAAUGCUCGAAACAAUUUUGGAUGAAGAAGAGGCCCGCGAAGCGGUAGCUCUGGAAGAAGCUAAGAAGUUCUUGCAGCGGCAGCGGGAUAAAGAAUUCCGAGAGCAGUUGGGUCGGAAGGCAAUUGUUCGCGCUGAAGAUGAACUAGCUGCUGCUUUAGAUGCCGCAGGCCAAGUGUACAUCAUUGGCAGUGGCAAAUAUGAUCAAUUUGCCGGAGAACCAGUCACACGAGAUGAAGAUUUAUUUCCAGGGUUCAAAGCUGUGAGCGAGAUUUGGUCAUAUCGUGUUAAUCCUACUAACGAUAAAGCUCAUGAACUGGGUGCGCCAGCAUCCAAAUACGUACGCCGGAGAUUGGAGAAUAAACGUUGGAAAUUUCGAAGUCCACCGCGGUUGAAUAAGCGCACAAUUUCCCAAACCAAAACCCACAUUCGAGCGAUGUCUCGAGUAAGAGAUGUAUCGAACGAGCGCGCCGAAGGGGGCCUUCGUGUAGACUCAAACGCUCCUACAGAAACCUCCGAAGUUGAAGAGCUGACUAAAGAUGAAAACAACCAAGAUGAAGAAGAACUUGCCAAGCUGUUCUUCGAAAACCGGGAGUUUGUUAGGAGCUUACGGUUUCGAUCUACAACGUUGAUGACAAACACGGGUCCAUUGUGGGGAAGAAGUGUGGUACAAGGAGCAAUCAGUGACAGCGUUGCCUUUGCCGUAACGAGUUCUGGAAGUGUCUUUAGUUGGGGAGGGAGGAAUAGUACUUGGGAGGCAUCUGCUCGGCGACUGGCUGGAUUUGAUAGUGACUCGGAUGAUGAACUCGAAGGAAUCGAUGCGAAGAAGAAGUGUAGAGAUUCAUCUGAUACGACCGUACAGUCUAAGGUUACGCCUCGAUCAGCAUUGCAAAAGAUGUGUACACCCGCACAGGUAAGCAAUUGA